AUGGCCGCCCCCGCCAUCUCAACAACUGCUAUUGACACCAAGCCCAUCAUGAGCUCUACUGUCACCUCCAUUGACCUCGAAGAUGGGCCCCUCUUCCCCGCCUCCCUCAUCUCUCCCGAAAUCAUCUCCGCCCUGCCAACAGACUACACCAUCCGCCCGAUCCUGCGCUCCGAUUUCCACCGCGGCUAUCUGGACGUUCUGCGCGUGCUGACGACCGUCGGCGAUAUCAGCGAGGAGGCAUGGAACAAGCGCUUUGACUGGAUUCGCUCCCGCAAUGACGAGUACUACCUGCUCGUUGUGUGCGACGGUGAUGACCGUGUCGUUGGCACUGGAUCUUUGAUUGUCGAGCGCAAAUUUAUUCACUCGCUUGGCAUGGUUGGGCACAUUGAGGAUAUUGCCGUGGAAAAGAAUCAGCAGGGCAAAAAAUUGGGGUUGCGCAUUAUUCAGGCUUUGGAUUACGUUGCUGCCCAGGUUGGUUGCUACAAGAGCAUUCUCGACUGCUCCGAGGCCAACGAGGGCUUCUAUGUCAAGUGUGGCUUCAAGCGUGCUGGUUUGGAAAUGGCUCACUACUAUUGA